AAUCAGAAGCCGGCUCUUCUGAAAUGUGACUUUCCUCUUCUUUUCCUUCUUCCUUAGCUGCUACGUCGCGAAAUUGAUUCCUCCCCGCUUCCUACUUUCUUCCGCCGUGCUUCCCGAUCUCCGGCUCCUACUGCCGCGAACUCACAGUAAUCGCACAAAGCACACUUCCCACCUGGCUCCUGAAAUCCGCCGGAGCCUCAGUGAUUUUGCCGGAUAAGAGAUAGACGAACAGUCGCAAGGGGAAGGAUGAAGAUCGACCUCAAUAAAAUAGCUCGCAAAGUCGAGGUGGACAGCAGGAUUCCUCUCCGGUACUAUUACAGGAUCGCCGAUAACCUCCUCCGACAGGCGACCGUGUACCGAGAUGAACGUAAUGUGGUGGAUUUGUACAUCAUGCUUCUCAGAUUCUCGAGUCUGGUCUCUGAGACUAUUCCGUUCCAUCGAGACUAUCAUAGUUACCUUCUGAAGGAGAAGGCUAGCUAUAGGAAGAGGUUGCUUUCUGUGUUGGAGGAACUUGAAUCCUUGAAACCUGAAUUCGAUCGUCGAGUUGAGGAACUGAAUAGAGGUUACUCGAGUGUUCAAAUACGAGAACUCGUUGGCGUGGAAGAAAAUUCUUAUGGUUCUCAGUCAUCUUCACCACAGUGGCCCUUAGUGAAUAGAAGUCCAUCCUCUGGAAGGAAUGUUGCACAGUCUACCAGCAUGGUUCCUCAAUCUUCAUGGAAGAAUAAUGAUGCUCAAGCCCUUUACUCAAGUCCCUCGCCACUUGAAAAUCAAUUGCAUAAUUUGUGAAUCUAUUGGUCGUCCUGUACCCAAUCAGGAAACUUUGUCUAGGCACUCACUCUUGGGACCAAACGGCCUUCGUGCUGAAUGGCGCCCACCUACUGCGGCAAUAAAGGUGCAGUAUCCUAGCCACGCUGACUUAGCCUCUUCAGAGGAUACAGGCUUAAAUCAGGCUGGAGAAUAUGGCAGUGUGCCAGUUAAGAAGAAUGAUUCUGGUGCUGUUAUGGAUUCCGUUCUUUCCUUGGAUGAUGGUAGAUGGAUACACCCUGCUGAGGAACCAGGAAACUCAUUAGUUCACGAGGCAAAGGAAGAUCCUUUUCAGUUUGUUGGUAUUAGGCAACCGUCCCCUCCUCCGGUUCUUGCUCGAGUGCAACAUGAAUAUGCUCAAAUUGCACCAUCUAAAGUUGCCGACCCACGACCCGGUCCAGCACCUUCUCAGGAUGGCAUGUCCGGCCCUAAUUCGUACCAAGAUGUGCAUGUUCCUAUGAAUAUGAUGCAAGAUUUCUUAAGAUUGGCCCGGGCAAAUACAGAGAAGAAUCUAGAGACGUGUGGUGUUCUGGCAGGAGCGCUGAAAAACAGGGUGUUCCACAUCAGCAUGCUUAUCAUCCCAAAGCAAGAGUCAACUUCAGAUUCGUGUCAGACAUUAAAUGAAGAAGAAAUAUUUGACGUUCAAGACAAACUCUCGUUGUUUCCCCUUGGAUGGAUCCAUACACAUCCAACGCAAACCUGUUUUAUGUCAUCCGUCGAUCUGCACACACAUUACUCUUACCAGAUAAUGUUACCCGAAGCAAUCGCCAUAGUCAUGGCUCCAACCGACGAAUCGAGCCCACACGGAAUAUUUCAUCUAUCAGACCCAGGAGGAGUAUCUGUGAUCCGCAACUGCCAGCAAAGGGGCUUCCAUCCCCAUGAGGAGCCCUUGGAUGGAAACCCCAUCUACGAGCAUUGCUCCCACGUCUACCUCAACUCUAAGAUGAAGUUCGAGAUCUUGGAUCUUCGAUAGUGCAAACUACACUUGCUCUCGAUGCUGUUGGUCAUGGUACAUAUAACAUUUUAUCUCAAUCAGCUCUGUAAAUACAAUUGUUUUUUCCCCUUCUUUCUCUCGGAGACAUUCACUUCCAUAGCUCCGUGUAUAUAGGCUAGUGUACGCUCCGCCGAGACGUACUGAACACAAGCCCCACAUUCGAAUGCGUGGGGCGGUUUUCAUGAUCAUGGGUUGCGGGGUAGGCAACCAGUCGGUUCUCGCUGAACCGAGUUGAUCCUUGAGUUGAAUCGAGCCGGAUUAGAUAUGAUUAAACUGUGUUUCGUUUGUUUGUUUCGAUCAGACAGUAUGCCCCUUUCCCGGUCUCCUCUCCGGCGAGGACCACGUAGUGAAGAUAUGACGAAGGUGAUCAAAAGGUUAGGAGGAGGAGGUGGCGGCCCAUUGCGCAAGUUGCCAAUGAAUGCCAUGCAAUGGGUAUAUAGGGUACUACAACGACGGUGAGCCUUUAAUUGCUGCUGUGUAGUUUGAAUACUACUACCCUUUCUUUGGAGAACCGCCCUACAGAGAAGAGACCUUUACAGCGUAGCCGUCUUAAUUCCUGGGGCACAUUAAAUCUCUAGCUUGAUUCGUACCUCGGUGGCGGAAUAAAAACCUUUUAUGUGGAUCCGAUCACCAGCUAGUUAGAGAGUGAGAGUGUCGUCAUAUCUGUUUGACUUGACUUUUCGAACGAAAAUAACAAAUUUGUCGAUUUCUCGACGGCGGGGGGAAAAGCGCGACGUUGGCGGGUAAUGUGCGGAGGGGGAGAAGAGGUGCCGAAUUUGCACAGUUCCCUGACGGCAGCACUCUUUGCUGUUUUGCUUCACACCCCAAAUCCUCCUCUCCGGUGCCAAAAGCAAAGUUGUCCUUUGUCUCGUAAUGGCAAACAUUUCGCCGUCAUGCCGACGAGAUUAUUAGCAGUUUUUUUUUUUUAACUUGAAGGGGUCAAUUCACAAUGUAUCCAUACACGGCAACUUCUUGAUUGAAAAAAGGGGUGCCCUCAGACAUUGAUUUUAUAUUAUCACGAACCAUGAUACAAAGUUUAGCGAGUGAUUCACGUGGCUAGUGGUGGGCUAGCUAAGCUGAAGGAGUGAGUGCCGGUCGGGAAACCUUGUACAGACCCGCGAUACUAU